ACAAACUUCCCCCUUACUAUUAUCUUCAAUCCUUCAACUUCUUCUUUCCAACGGAAAAAAACCAACCAAUCAAAAUUACCCCAAAAAGAGAAAAAAAAAAUUAUUUCAAAAAAUGGUGUCUUCAAAAUCAGAAGCUGGUCUAAUUUACAACAUCAAGUUUUCCUCAGUUGGACCAGCAAAUGUAACAGGACAAGAUGUAGUUUAUGAGCCAAGCAAUAUUGAUGUAGCCAUGAAAUUACACUAUUUGAGAGGGAUUUAUUACUUUAAUAGCCAAGCAUUUCAAGAUGUAACCAUAUAUCAAGUUAAGGAGCCAAUAUUUUUAUGUUUUAACCAUUUUUAUAUGACAGCUGGUAGGUUUAGGAGAGCAGAAUCUGGGAGGCCAUAUAUCAAAUGCAAUGAUUGUGGAGCUAGGUUUAUUGAAGCACAAUGUGAUAAGACUUUGGAAGAAUGGCUAGAAAUGAAAGAUGCUUCUCUUGAGAAAUUACUUGUUUCUAAUCAAGUUCUUGGUCCUGAGUUGGCUUUCUCCCCUCCAAUCCUCAUACAGCAAACAAAAUUCAAAUGUGGAGGAGUUUCAUUGGGCCUAAGUUGGGCCCAUGUACUUGGAGACGUAUUCUCAGCCACUGAAUUUAUUAACUUUUUGGGAAAAGUAGUUGUUGGAUACCAACCAGCCCGGCCCAAUAACUUGGCCCAUUCAUUGACCAAAGCAAACUCAACCCAAACCCUGCAAAAGAUUGUGGAGGAUCCACUUUCAAUAAAACGGGUCGGCCCAGUUGAAGAUCAUUGGAUUGCCAACAAUAGUUGCAAAAUGGAGUCAUUUUCAAUCCAAGUUACUGCCUCCAAAUUGAGCCAAAUACAAUCAAGAACAGAAAUUAAAGGCCCAUUUGAAUCACUAUGUGCUAUUAUUUGGCAGUCCAUUUCUAAAAUUAGAGAUGGGCCUGAGCCCAAAGUUGUGACCAUUUGUAAAAAGAGUGAAGAAAAGAAAGAAGGCCUUGUAGGAAACAAUCAAGUCAUUGGUGUGGUAAAGGUUGAUCACUCAAUUAGAGAAGCUAAUCCUAGUGAAUUAGCAAGGUUGAUUAAAGAUGAGAUCAUCGACGAGCGAUUAAAGAUCGAUGAAGCCAUCGAGAACGAUCAUGGAGUAUCGGAUGUGGUUGUUUACGGAGCAAAUUUGACUUUCGUGAACAUGGAAGGUGCUGAUCUCUAUGGAUUCGACUGGAAGGGACACAAACCGAUGAAUGUAAGUUACCUUAUCGAUGGAGUUGGCGAUGCAGGGACCGUCGUGGUGCUUCCGGCCGGGCCCAAUGAUUCUAGCAAGGAUGGUGAUGAAGGAAGGAUUGUGACCAUGACUUUGCCCGAGGAUGAGAUAAUGAAGUUGAAAUUUGAGCUAAACAAGGAAUGGUCUAUUGCUUGAAGUUAAAAUGUGUUUGUUUCAUUCUUGUUCAAUAGUUGAAUUUUGUGUGAGGUCCAAAGACACUAUUUUUAAUAACUGUUGUAUGUAAUGCAAUUUAGAGAUUGACCAGUAUUUAUUUUGUUCUAAAAUUUUAAAAUACAAAUCGUAACUUCAGGACAA